UGUCAGCGUCGCGGUUGGGAAGGUUCUCGUGUGUCCUUCCUGGAGUGUAGCCUGGAAUAUCCUACACACAUAUUUGGGUCCUCGAAAGACUCUCUCGCACGUUCGCUCGCUAGAGAUCCCAGCGAUCCUGCUGGUCCCGUUUCAGAUCCCGUUUUCGGUUAGGUUAGGGUCUCGACACCCACGGAAGCAACUGCCAGUUGCUGGUGGAAUUUCUCGGCAGCAACAGGUGUCUCCCCAGAAAAAGGGACUUCAGGAAUCAGUGCUCCUGCGCCAUCAAUUGCCUUCUACUCUUAGGUGCUUUUCGUGACUUGUGUGUGAUAUACGGUUUAUUGUGGGUAACGAAGUUCCAGUGAAAAGUGAACGGUUGCGGAAAAACGAGCUGUCCCCCCGAAGAGGAGAAAUUGAGCAGCAAAGCAGAGGUCAGGAAAAUUAGUGGGCACCCUUUCUAGGGUCUCAUCGUACUUUCCCGGCUGCAGUGUCGCCGCCAGUUUUUGUCAAUUGGAAGAUUCCCACAAGGAUGAAGACAACUUUUCGCGCAGUGAAUUCUUUUUAACCGUUCCUGUUUGUGCCGGAUUAUUUUUGCCGACUGGAGAAUUCCACUGUCGUAAUUCAUAGUUGGAUUUGUCUCUAUGAAAGUGGAGGAAAGUGUGUUCAACUCGAUAACAAACGAGAAGUGACCUUGGAGAUAAGUGGAAAAAGUUUUUAUGAAUGGUUUUUCGAUUGCCGGGAUUUGAUUGACAGCAAGGAGGCUGUAAAGCAUACAGAUCACGCCAUCUAAGAUUAAGAUCUCCAGUGAAACCAUCCCCUAGAAUCCCAGGAAGAAUUACCGCUUCAUCCGGUUGACCGAACGGCAGAAGAACAUCAUCACAUCACCUCCCGGAGAACCAACCGAGCAAAAGCAAAAGUGGCGACGAGAAGUUGAAGGAUUUACUUUGGGCAAACUUGUCCAACUCUUUCUUGCUUCCGAAAAAGGGGAAACCAAUCGCAAGAAGGAAGGAUCAGGGCACCAGAAAAGCAGAAGCCGACCCAGACCAGGAGUCGACUCUCCGAGCGACGAAAGUGAAAAAUUAUGGCUAACCCACAGUCGCUGUGGGCACUGGCCAUGGUGCUGGUGGCAUUUACCGGCACCUGGAGCCUGCUUCCGGCCACUGUCAAAGCGGCCUCCCGAUACGACUGCCAGGAGGAAGGAUUCUUCGCGGACCCGGAUAGCUGCAGCACCUUCCAUCGGUGCGUACGCGAAGGAGACCAACUGACGGCCUACUCGUUCCAGUGCGGACCCGGAUCGGUAUACUCGGAAGCUCAGAACACCUGCGUCCAUCCGCGCGACUCGGACCGGGAAGAAUGCAGCGAAGGUAACAACGAAAUCGAUGACAGCGACGAUGGCUACAAUCAACAACCCUCGAUGAUGGGAGAAUCGUCAAACAUGCACCCAAUGAUGGAGACCGCAGGCAGCAGCAGCUCAACAUCGGCACCAUCCGAUGACAGCGAGAACAAUGUCAACUCGAAUGACAACGAUAACGGCGGAUAUCACUACGAGAAACCUCAACAGCCAGCCAGCUCUUCCGGUACCGAUGACAAUGAUGGAUCGCCAUGCACUCAGGAGGGCUUCACCGGUGAUCCCGUUGACUGUCAGGUAUUCUACCGCUGUGUUUCGAACGGUCAAAAUGGGUUCACUCGAUAUCCGUUCCGGUGUGGAGAUGGGACGGUCUGGGAUGACCGUAUAGGGGCUUGCAAUCACGACAGCGCUGUCGAACGAUGCAGCAGACGAGCGGAGAAUGAUUACGUUGUGAACACGGACAGCUUCGCUCAGUCCAAUGCCUCGUCGGAGCAUAACAUGACACAAUCCAGUGGGUCAAUGACGGCUAACGGUGUGACCACUAACACGACUUCGACGCAAAACAACAGUAACAGUAACAUGAGCAACUACAUGAAUAUGACGACUUCCAUCAAAGACGAUCAGGGAGGUUCAUCCUCAUCAUCUAGUUCGAGCAGCAGUAGUAGUUCAAGUUCAAGUAGCUCUAGCAGUAGUUCAAGUAGCUCUAGUUCUUCGAGUAGUGGUGGCUCUUGGAAUAACAACAACAACCAAAAUCAGGGAUCUAACAGCAAUUGGCAGCAAUCUAACAACAACAAUCAGUGGAACAACCAGAAUCAAGGUUCUAGCAAUAAUGGGCAGUGGAACAAUCAAAACAAUCAAAAUCAGGGUUCUAACAAUAAUGGGCAGUGGAACAAUCAAAAUCAGGGAUCGAAUAACAAUGGACAGUGGAACAAUCAAAAUCAGGGUUCUAACAAUAAUGGGCAGUGGAACAACCAAAAUCAAGGUUCAAACAGCAAUGGACAGUGGAAUAAUCAAAACAAUCAAAAUCAGGGAUCUAGCAAUAAUCAAAACAAUCAGUGGAGCAACCAAAAUCAAGGUUCUAGCAGCAAUCAGCAACAAUCCUCAAGUAGUAAUCAAUGGAACAACCAAAAUCAAGGCUCAAGCAAUAAUCAGCAGCAAUCUUCUAACAAUAAUCAAUGGAACAAUCAAAAUCAGGGCAGCAACAAUCAAAAUAGCGGAAAUAAUCAGUGGAAUAACAACAACAAUCAGAACAAUCAAAAUAACCAAUGGAAUAAUAAUAACAGCAACCAAAACAAUCAGUGGAACAAUAAUAGUCAAAACCAACAGAAUCCAAACAAUCAAUGGAACAACAAUAAUCAAAACCAAAAUAACCAAUGGAGCAACAACAAUAACAAUCAAAACAACCAGAACAACCAGUGGAACAACAAUAAUCAGAAUCAGAAUCAAAACAAUCAAUGGAGCAAUAAUAAUCAGAAUCAAAAUCAAAACAAUCAAUGGAGCAACAAUCAGAACAGUCAAAAUCAAAACAAUCAAUGGUCAAACAGUCAAAAUAGUCAAAACCAAAACAAUCAAUGGAAUAACAAUAAUCAGAAUCAGAAUCAAAACAACCAAUGGAGCAACAAUCAGAACAGCCAAAAUCAACAGAGCAGUAAUCAAAAUCAAAGCAACAAUAACAAUCAGAAUCAAAACAAUCAAUGGAACAACAACAGCAGCAAUCAAAAUCAAAACAACCAAUGGAAUAACAAUAAUCAAAAUCAAAACAAUCAAUGGAACAACAACAAUAACAAUCAAAAUCAAAACAACCAAUGGAGUAAUAAUAAUCAAAAUCAGAACAAUCAAAAUCAAAACAAUCAAUGGAACAACAAUAACAAUCAAAACAAUAACAACCAAUCCAACAACAGUCAAUCCAGUCAGAAUUCUCAAACGAGCAGCAGCUCCAGUUCUCAAUCAAUGUCUUCAAGCAGUCAAACUUCCCAGACCAAUUCUACCAGCAGUCAGAGUUCUCAAUCAAAUAACAACAAUCAAAACUCCCAGUCGAGUGGCAACAACCAACAGUCGAGCAAUAAUCAAAGUAACAACAACAAUCAAAAUUCGCAAUCCAAUAACAAUCAAAGUUCGCAAUCAAACAACAACCAGUCGAGCAGUAAUCAAAGUAGCAAUCAGAAUUCGCAAUCCAGUAACAAUCAAAAUUCCCAAUCGAACAACAAUCAGAGUUCUCAAACGAAUAACCAGGGCUCCCAAUCGAGUAGUAAUCAAAGUUCCAGUAACAAUCAGAGCUCGCAGUCAAGCAAUAACCAGAACUCUCAAUCGUCCGAUAGCAAUUCUCAAUCCAGCAGCAACAAUCAAUCGAACAACAGUAAUCAAACCUCUCAAUCAAAUAGUAACAACAAUCAGAACUCUCAAUCGAGUAACAACCAAUCUUCGCAAUCCAGUGGUAACAACCAGUCGAGUGCAAACAAUCAAACGAACACCACCGACAAUCAAAGCUCUCAAACCAAUAAUAACAACCAAAGCAGCAAUCAACAAUCAAGCAAUAACAAUCAAAGCUCCCAAUCUAGCAACAACAACCAGGGUUCACAGAAUAAUAAUCAAAGUUCUCAAUCAAGCAACAAUCAAAAUCAAUCCCAGUCAAAUAAUCAAAGCUCACAGUCCAAUAACAAUAGCAGUAACGAAAGCUCUCAGGGAUCGCAAUCCAAUAAUCAAAGCUCUCAAUCAAGCAACAAUCAAAGCUCCCAAACGAAUAACAAUCAAAGUUCACAAUCCAACAACCAAGGCUCACAAACGAACAACAAUACCAGUUCACAAUCCAACAAUCAAACCUUGGAAUCGGUCAACAACCAGUCAAAUAAUACCAGUUCUCAAUCUAGCAGUAAUCAGGGCUCUCAAUCAAACAUCAGCCAUUCCAACAAUCAAAGCUCGCAAUCGAACAAUAAUAACCAAAGUUCCAACUCGAAUAAUCAAUCUCAAAAUCAAACUUCUGAAUCGACUAACAACCAGACAAACAAUAACCAGACAUCUCAAUCGAACAACGAAUCUAACAAUAACAGCGGAAGCUCCCAGUCAACCAAUGAGAAUUCACAGUCCAAUAAUAAUACUAGCAGCAAUAAUAAUAGCCAAAGUUCACAAUCCAAUAGCAAUCAAAACUCUCAGACCAACAGUUCCACAACUGAUAAUCAAACUACUUCAAACAGCCAAUCGAUAUCUAACACCGAUCAAACUACCCAAUCUAACAAUGGUAAUCAAGGGUCUAGCACUACUGAAACCACAACAAAUAGCUCUGAAGCCGUCACUAUCGAAGCUUUACCUUCAGUCUCUUCUACCAGUAGUGUUCCUAAUAUAACAACGGAAGCCAUCGAAACUACAACUAAUACCGACCAACCAGCUACCUCAAACUCGACUCCUGUAAGCUCUACUACUGAUCAACAAUCUUCUCAAGAACCAAGUACUGACACACCGACUACAAAUGCACCGACUACCGACCAACCGACUACGACUAGUACAUCAAUGACUCAAGAACUAACGACUACCGCACCAGACAACACCGAUACGCCAUCAGCAACGGCCCAACCGACGGCACCCGUUGAACCUACAACACCUGCACCAAUUACCACUACUAACGCACCAGAAACUGAUGCACCUAGCACAACCACAACAGCACCCACAACUAAUGCACCAACGACCGAUGCACCAAAACCCGAUGCUAUGACAUCUGAUGCAUCGGAAGAAACUACUCUCGCACCAAUUACCAACACCAAUCAGCCAAUAAUUGGCACGACACCUCAGGCACCACAACAGUCUCAAGCAACGCAAUCCACGACUAUUGCGUCCCAAACAGACAACACUGACUCUUUCGAAACAACUACUACAACCACUACUCAGUCUCAAGUGUCUACUACUACUUCUUCACAGGAAAACAAGGAACCCGGGAGCCAACCGUCUAGCACUACUGCGGCUCCAAGUCCACUGGAGAGCAGCACCGCAGACAACACCAAUCCCGAUAACAAUGAAGUGCAAAGCUCCUCAGCCACUUCAGCUAUCCCCGCCUCCCAAACAACAUCAUCAACCACUAAUAAACCAACCUCUUCCUCCUCAAGCUCUUCUACCUCUAGCUCUAGCUCUCCUGCCUGUACCGGCGAUGGCUUUAUGGGUGAUCCAAAUGAUUGCCAAAAGUUCUAUCGUUGCGUAUCGAACGGUCAGGGAGGGUACACCAAGUAUGAGUUCAAAUGUAGCGAUAACACCGUAUGGGAUGACAGAAUCUCCAACUGCAACCACGCAUGGGCCGUCGAAGAUCCCAAGUGUCGUACCGAAACACCGCAAAGCACCGGAGAUGGUGGUUCACAGGGUCCGAAUGGUUCGGAUGGUGGCAACCAAGGAUCGAAUGGUCCCAAUGGCAGUGGUCAAGGACCCAAUGGUGGCAAUGGACCGAAUGGAAGUGGACAAGGUCCCGAUGGUUCCAGUGGGCCGAAUGGUGGAAGUCAAGGACCGGAUGGACCUAACGGUGAAGGCAAUGGUCCGAAUGGACCAGAUGGUGGAAACGGUCCGAACGGUUCCAAUGGUUCGAAUGGACCAAACGGCUCUAGCGGCCCAGAUGGUCCUGAUGGACCUAAUGGCCCCAAUGGUCCUAAUGGCCCAGACGGCCCUAACGGUCCUGAUGGUUCUAAUGGUCCCAAUGGUCCUAACGGUCCUGACGGUCCUAACGGCCCUGACGGUCCUAACGGCCCAGACGGUCCUAACGGCCCAGACGGUCCUAGUGGCCCCAAUGGUCCUAACGGUCCCGAUGGUUCUAACGGUCCCGAUGGUUCGAACGGUGAUGGAAAUAAUCCCAAUACUUCCAGUGAACCUGACAGCACAACUGCUCAAGGUUCGAAUUCAAACAGCAAUGAAACGACGGCUCCCCCAUGCCAACAGACCUCCAGUACUACCAGUGCUCCUCCUAUGCCAGCGGGAAGCAAUGGUGUGUGUGAACGGGAAGGUUUCAUGGAGCAUGAGUCCAACUGUCGCAAGUUCUAUCGAUGCGUGGACAACGGAAAUGGUGGUUACACUCGAUACGAGUUCAAUUGCGGUGCCGGUACUGUCUGGAGUAACGAUGUAAUGGCUUGCGAUCACCCAGAAAAUGUUAAAAAUUCAAAAUGUUCCCAAGGAAGUGGAAACCAGCAGCCAACUCAAGGCAGUGGAAAUCAACAGCCAGGUGGCAGUGAGCAACCUUCUCAAGGCGGUUCGGAAAGUGGACGACCUGAAGGAGGCAGUCCCUCUGGCCCUAACAACACUUAUCUUCCUCCUGAUACGAAUAGCACCACAGAAGCCAUGUCCACUAAUGCUGCCACUACAUCUUCCCCUGUAGAUAACUCAAGUGACCAAUCUACAACAUCAAACUCCGGCAACACUCAAGAAACCACAGAGAGUCCAAAAGAAGAAACAACAACAAACAAGGCCACUGAACCCACAACUGCUCAAAGUCAGCAGACUACAACGCAACCUCCAUCCAACCAAGAAACUACCACCGUUCAACCUAACCAAGAAACCACAACCUCUUCAAACAAUCAAGAAACAACCACGAACAAGCAAGGUCAAACUGAUGGUCCUGGGGAAGAAUCUACUACUCCUGCUGGUUCAGAACCAACCACAGAUGCCACUACCUUUUCCCCAGAAGGUUGUGAAUCGGAAGGAUUUAUGCCUCACCCAGAAGACUGCCGCAAAUUCUACCGUUGCGUAGAUAACGGCAAAGGAGGCUACAGCAAGCACGAAUUCACUUGUAGUGAAGGAACUGGUUGGGAUCAAAGUAUUCAAGCUUGCAAUCAUGAACACGAAAUUGAAAACUGUGGCGCUGAUCGACCUCCAGAGCCAUCCCCCGAGCCAGAUGCACAAUCCACACAGCCACCGCCAGAUUCCGAAAACCAAAUGACGACAACUGACCAAUCGGGUGAAACAACUACGAAACCGGGUGAAACUACAACGCAAUCGAACCAAGAAACGACGACCCAAUCGAAAGAAACCACCGGUGCGGAGACAACUUCUGCUCAGGAAACGACUGCCUCUGCGGAAACAACAACUAGUCCAACGCAAGAAACAACGCAACCACCAAGUGGUUCGGAAGAAACCACAACCGUUAGUUCUGCUCAAGAAACGACCACGGCAGCGAAUCCGAGCACAGAUUCCGAAACGACUGCUGCCGAAGAUAAACAAGAAACAACAACACAAAAAAGUUCGGAAGCUACAACCGAUAGUCAAGAAACCACAACAAACGGUUCAGAACAAGAGCAAACGACUAGCCAGCCUUCGAGCAGCAGCGGCGAGUGCACCUCGGAAGGUUUCAUGGGUGAUCCGAAUGAUUGCAAGAAAUUCUACCGUUGCGUAGACAAUGGAAAAGGUGGCUACACCAAGUACGAUUUCACUUGCGGCGACGGAACUGCUUGGGAUCAGGAAGCCCAAACCUGUAACCAUGAAAAUGUUGUCCAAAUGUGUGGAGGAGAAUCAGGUAACAACAAUGAAACAAAUUCUAGUAACAAUGAAUCAUCUACUAACUCAACAACCUCAAGCAUGUCCACUAACCAAACUUCUACCACAAACAUGAGCUCAACAACCUCUAGUACAACUUCAACUACCUCAACUGAAUCUCCUACUACCACUUCUUCUACUACCACCACUACCACAACUUCUACUACUACCACAACUCCCGCUCCAACCACCGAAAGCACGUCCACUUCAUCAACAACCCAACGCAUGUCAACUACCACUUCAACCAGCAUGUCGACCACUACAUCAACUACCAGCAUGUCUAGCACAUCUACCUCAAGCAUGUCAUCUUCGUCAUCCGAAUCGAGCAUGUCAUCCACAACGUCAUCGCCAACUCAAGUUAACUGCACCGAGGCAGGAUACUUCCCCAACCCUGAUGAUUGUACCAAAUUCUACCGGUGCGUCGACUGGGACGGAAAUGGCACGCGCUUUUCCGUCUACCACUUCGACUGUCCCGAAGGUACAAUUUGGGAUCCCGCUGUAAAUACUUGCAACCACGAAGACAGUGUCCAGCCACCACGCGACUGUUCUGGCAUGUCAUCAUCAGAAUCAUCUUCAUCAACGACGGAAGAAAUGUCGAAGACAACGACGAGCAUGCCAGAUUCCGAAUCUACUACCGAAUCUAAUGUUUCAGGCGAAUCCAGUGCAACUACAGGCGCUUCUACCGAUGAGCCUGACAUGGAAACCACAACGGCAGCUGUUCAAGAAACUACCACCCAAGCAUCUUCCAGUCAAGAAACGACCACAUCUGCUGCGUCCAGCAGUGAAGAAACGACAACAGCUGCUGCAUCCAGCAGUGAAGAAACGACUACUCAAGCUGCCCAAGAAACGACUACUCAAGCUGCCCAAGAAACAACGGCUGCACCUGCCUCCAGUGAGGAGUCGACGACUCAAGCCAAGGAAGAAACCACUCAAGAAACAACAACACAAGCCAACCAAGAACCAACGACAGAGCAACCCGACCAGGAGACAACAGCUCAACCAUCCGAGGGUAAUCAACAGACCACAACCCAAUCGUCUACCGAGGCAGCUCAAGAAACAACAGCUCAACCAACAGAGUCAUCUCAGGAAACGACCAAUCAGCAGGCUCAAGAAACGACAAUGUCUCAAACAACGACCGAAUCUUCAACCGAAGCACAAACUGAACCAGCCAGCACGGAUUCGACCACGGCCGCCAGUCAGCAAUCAACGACGUCGUCUCCACAGGAGUGUCCUGAAGGUUGCAAGGGUAGCUGCCCACAGACCGGUGAAGGCGAGGCCACUUUCGUUUGUCCAACUGGAUUCCGAAGACACCCUCAGGACUGUAACAUGUUCUAUCAAUGCACUCAGAAACCAGACAGCUACGACUACAGCAUAGUGGUGUUUAGCUGUCCCAAUGCGACCGUUUACAACGAGGAAGGAAUCCAAUGCGGAGAACCAGCAGAGGGAGACGAACAGUGCCAGUCGCCGAGCAUGCGAUUCUUGCGCAGCGCCAUGGGACCGAAAGUUCCGGUGAUGCAGGUGCGUUCUACGAAGCCGCUCUGCCCAGCAGAGGGGCACUUUGCUUUGGACGAUCAGAAAUGCAGCUCGACGUUCUUGCGGUGCCAACCAUCCGAGAGCCGUUCCGAUGGAGCUCUGCAACCGAACAUGUUCCGCUGUCCCAAGGGUUACGUUUAUUGGAGCGUGAGCCGCCGGUGUGAACGGGUGGCCAAAAUCCCCGAAUGCAGGAACGCUCGAAUGCAGGAACGUUCCGAGAUUCCAGUUGAAUGGAUCAAUCUUGGAAACCGACGUAGGAGCUUAUUCUAAAAGUUUAGGAGACGAGUGAAACAAGUACAUUGCGAAUAGUCAACGACCUUCGAAACGACCAUGAGACGAAAGUGACGCCUCUAGUUUUUUUUUAUUCUAGAUUAGACGUAGUUUUAGUUACAACAAACAGGUAGGAAAAGAUUGUCAUUACUAAAAAGAUAAAACAUGAUUCAACUGCCAACAACAGGACUGAUAUUUGUUUAAAGGCAUUCUGAAUAGUCGAGUCCCCUCGUUUAGUAGUAGAAUGAUCGGAUUCAGAGGGGAGAUGACUACUCAGAGCCUCAGAGCUACAAAGGAGACAAACUACAACGACAUCUGUCUAGUUCUAGUCAGGAAGAUGUCAUAUAUCAGAGCAGAAAAUGCCACUGCGCCAUAUUCAGAUGUAACUUAUCACAGACACAAUUUUCGGCAUAUCAAUCAUUUCAUUUUAUGAUUUUUUAACCCGAUUGUAAAUAUUUUCCGCCCUACCGGUAAAACAAAAAUUAGGAGCGAAAAUAGGAGAGAUAAAUCAAAAUGAAACGAAAUCAAAAACAGGACAAGAAUUUUACGUAAAUAAGGUCAUAUUUAUAUCUCCACGUGUGUAAGGAAUCAUUCACAUCCAGAACGUGAUGCGGUAGUUUUUCAUUUUCUUUUGUUUACGCCGUAUUAGAAGAAAACGAUUCAGUCAAACAGUCGCCACCGAAGGAUAAUAUUAACAAAAAAAAAACGGUCAGUAAACUGUUUAUUUUUCUGAAAAUGAGCCUUUCUUGCUCCGAAAAAUAUUUAAAUCACGAAACAGUAGAGAGAAUAGAAAAAAAACGUUGAGCGGAAGAGAGUUGAUAAAUUGUUUUCAGGAAAGAUGCCACCUCGACUCAAGUGAGCAGGAAACUCACGAGGUCGUGGUCAUGGUUUGAAAUGGCGACCGUUUAACUGCGGGAUGAACUGUGCGCGUUCUAUUUGCGAAUGAUUCGCGAUGAUUUAUGUUAGUAGAACUAGGCUUAAGGAUUCUAGACGUAAAUAAAUGUAAUUUAUUUGAGAUACUUGAAA